UCAUUUUAAAAAACCAAAUAGCAUUUAAUUUCGACCAUUUACGCGCCGUAACGAAAGCGAUGGCGCUAUCCACCGACGCAUCACCACCACCUUCCUUAGGAGAAGAACCGUUACCUCACGACGGCGACGGUUACGACCUUAACGAUGAUGAUAGUGCUUCGUUCGGCGUCGUUUCACUGGACGACGAGAGUUUUCCGUCGCAACUCCCGGGAUCGGAAACGCCGUCGGAAAAGAGCAGUUUCACCGCUGAUUUCUAUCGUUGCGGAACCGAUUGGUCCUCGCUGAUGUUGCAGGAUGAUAAAAAUAAUAGACACUCCGAUUUCGAGGGCGAUUCAGGGAAGAAGAUGAAGCAGGCCAACCUGUUCCAGAUUUGGGGUUUCAAAAGAAGCGACGUCGUUGGUUUAGUUGAAUCUGGACCGAGUUUGAGUGUUUAUUCUGAUAAAGGAGGUAGUUCUUCUGAAAGGAAGAUUGUGAAACCUGGAAAUUGGGGUUCGAUUUCGCGCGACGGAGAAAAAGAGUCCGAGGACACGAAAUCUCUCCGCAAGAGAAAGUGUUUCAGUGGUGAAAAUAGGGUUACACGUUCAUGUCCCUUUUAUAAGAAAAUCCCAGGGACAACAUUCACUGUUGAUGCUUUUCGGUAUGGGUCUCUUGAAGGGUGUUCAGCGUAUUUUCUUAGUCAUUUCCAUUGCGAUCACUAUGGUGGCCUUAGCAAGAAAUGGUCUCAUGGCCCUAUCUAUUGCUCUCCUCUCACGGGACGGCUUGUUCAAAUGUGUCUAUCGGUAAAUCCUUUGUAA